AUGUCUCAAGUUCUAGUAUUUCCUAUCCUUUCUUUCAUAACACAUAACCUAGCCUACAUUACGACCAUAGUAAAGACCAAACAGAUCUUUGGGAACUUCUUACUCAGAAGUGGAGUGCUAAAUAUUAAGGAGGCGGACAAUCCGAGGAAGUAUUUGGGUUUGCCGUCAAUUUGGAACAUCUCAAAAAAGGAGGCCCUUGGUUAUAUAAAAGAGCGUAUUUUGAAGCUCAUUCACGGGUGGAGCAACAAGGAGCUCUCUCUUGCUGGGAAGGAAGUGUUAUUAAAGUUUGUCGCCACAGCGAUCUCAGCUUACCCAAUCACUUGUUUCAAAUUGCCAAUUACUCUAUGCAACGAGAUCAAUAUGGUCAUGGCUUCCUUUUGGUGGGGUGAUAAUGUCUCGAGAAGAAAGGUUCCCUAG